UUGAAUACCGAGGACAUGCGCGCUGAACAGGAGGAGGAGGAGGAGGAGGUGUAACACAGACUGGCUCCUUCUGAUGUUCUGUGUUGACUCCAUGAUCACUCAAUUAUGGUGCGGGUCGUUUGUUCUUGUGGGAAAAAGCAAAAGUGAGGGGUCUUUAUCUGCAUUUAUAGGGAAGAAAAUAGUCUGUGAUCUUUUUUGAUGUUUUUGGAGCUUGAAGUUUCUUCCCGAACCUUAGAGAUAUCAUUAGAUUUUUCUAAUCAUUGACAGCCCCCGCCGCCACCCUGAAGUUCAUUGUUAUUAUUCUGGCCGCCGGGAUGGUGGCCUUCAUCGGAGCGGUUAUCUGCAUCAUCGCCGCCGUCCACACCGGAUCCUCCAGGGCUGCCGCGGCUCAACAACAACCAGCGACCGACAACCAUUCGCUGUAUCCGGACACCGCCGCGCAGACUCCCGCCGCCGGAGGCUCUGUGGCCCGUGCGGGGUCUCUGGGCGCUCUCCAUGGUUCUGAAACACCCGACUCCGAGGCGCCUACCUUUAACAUCGGGUUCGGGGGGUUGGACGGGGUCACUGGACUGACCGGGCAUGACCCGACCGUCAGUCGGCUCAUCUGUACGCCGAUCCCCGCCGGGGAGUGCAACCCAAAAAACUUUCAGCAACAAGCGGAUGACCCUUCGCUUUACGCGGGUGAAGACUGGGGCUACCUUCGUACCACCGCCGACGAGCUCCGGCAGACAGUUCUGCAGCAGAAGGACCAAAUACUGACCGACCAGAGGACCAUCAGAGAACUGACGGGGAAACUGUCCGAGUGUGAGAAGGGGCUGAACGGCCGCAGCAGCGCGCACAGACGCGGGAGCGCUGCGGGUCUGUGGGGGGGCAAAAGCGCGGCCGAGGAGUCGCACCUGGACCGAAUCAUGGUGCGGGACAGUCCAGAUUCGACGUCGGACAAUGCCCACUAUCUCACCGUCAGGGCUGUGGAUGAACUGGAGCAGGCUAUCACUCAGCUCAAAGAUCGCAUAGAGAAGCUGGAGUCCGACAUCGGGCCAUUUCCUCACAACCAGACGGACAGCAGUACCUCUGGAGCAUCGGAGGAAGUAAGGAUGACUGGUGGCCCAGAAAGGUUGGCUGAUCCUGGGCACAGAGCUGGUGCAGACAGACCCUGGAGGUUGGAGGAUGUGGAAGGGGAGCUGGAGAAGAAGAUGGAGCUGCUGGAGAAAGAGAGAAAAGCCCUGAGGCUGGAAACAGAGAAGCACAGGCAGGAAAUUGACCGGGGCAUCAAUAAGCUACACCACCGCAUCUCAGGACUGGAGGAAGGGAUCUCUGGUCAUUCUUUCCCUGAAGGCUACAGACUGUCCUUUCCAAAGAGGACAAACUACAUGUACGCUGUUGUAAACCAUCCCAUCCCGAAGCUCCACGCCUUCACCAUCUGUCUGUGGCUGCGGCCAGCGGAAAGAGGCAUCGGAACGCCCCUGUCCUACGCCGUUCCCGAGCAACCAAAUGAAGUGGUGCUGCUGCAAGGCCUGCAUUCUGCUGCAGAGCUGCUGGUCAAUGACAAGGUGGCGCAGCUGCCUCUGAACCUCUCUCGAGGCAGCUGGCAGCACAUCUGUGUGAGCUGGAGCCAGAAGGGAGGGGCCUGGCAGGCCUUCCAGGGGGGGAAGCUGAGGGGAGAGGGCCAUUCACUGGCAGCAGGGCAUCACAUCAGACCUGGAGGAGUGCUUGUACUCGGGCAGGAGCAGGAUUCCCCCGGUGGAGGUUUUGACUCAUCCCAGGCCUUGGUUGGAGAGCUGUCCCAGGUGGGCGUUUGGGACCGGGUCCUGUCCCCCAGCCAGGUGGCCAGCUUGGCCCGCUGUGGCAAAGUGACCCAAGGCAGUGUGGCCCCUUGGACUGAGAGCCAGAUCCAAGUUUACGGCGGAGCCACAAAGGACCCGGGAGAGCCUUGUAGUAAACACAGCCGGAGCGCGCAGUGACCGAUCAACAGCGGCUUUGGAGGAGAGGGGAAGGUGAAGAAGAAUGGGGGGGGCAUGAGUAGCCCUUUAAGAAACUAGGAUUCCAUCUGCCCAGUAGUUGUAGCUUAAUGGUACGACAUUUUUUAACCUACUCUGUGUGGCUUGGACUGACAAACAAAAUAUGGCUUUAAAAUUUUAUUUUUAUCAGGAGCAGUGGCUUUUCAGUUACUUCUAGCAGCCAUAGAUUCACCAAAGAGGUGCAGAACCAUAUCAGAUGGUUGUUCUUC